UCUCAAGCGGAAGCCGUCGCCCCGUCGCUGUGUACAUGCGCCCAUUGCCUUUCAGUGAGCGCCUAAUCACGACAUGUGUUUCUCAAAAGUGCAAAAAGUGGACAAACAUAGGGUGAUUCUAACGAUGUUCUAAAUGCAUCUCGCGACCAUGCUCGCGCUGACAACUAGCAUCUGUCUGCGGCCGCUAGUGGUACGGUGGUAGUGGUAGCAGGUGCUAUAGUUUCGUUGGUUUCAUUUCAUAGCUCGCAGCAGCCGCGAUCUACGUGCUCGAUAGGGUUCACACGCAGUUCGAUGCCAGUGACACGGAAGGUUCGUUUAGGCGCUGGAACGUUGCUUGCUAUAAAUGUAGCUUUCGUUAACCGAAGCGAUGACAAACCCCGACAUUGAAACUGUUAAAGCAAUUAUCCGCGCCUUGCUGAUUGCGGACAAGCGUCCCCUGCCCGUCCGCCGCUUUCUCGGUGAGUACCGAAACAAUGAGGGGCAUGACUUACCGUGGAGAGCAUUUGGCCAUUCGAACGCCUUGAGUUUUCUCAGAAGUAUCACAGACACAGUCCGAGUGUUUCAAGCAGACGGUGACAACUACAUCCAAGCGACCGUUACCGAAGAAGUGGAACAUGUACAAAAACUGGUGAGCCGGCAGAAGGAUUCCGGUGGUCAUUCCAGCGCCCCGCGCAACUUUACCAACUUUACCACUCGCCAAUUUUUGCACCGACCACAGCACACGAAAGGUCCGUACGUUAACUCGACGCAGUCUUACGUUCCCAAGCUUGUAAAGGACAAUGUUUUUCGCUUGGUAAGCGGCUACCCCGAUGGCAUUCUCGUGCGUGACCUGGAAGAAGCGUACAGAAAGUGGUACGGUUCGGCCUUGUCGUAUCGACUGUACGGAUUUCACACUAUCGAAGACUUUGUAGUGGGGCUAUCGGACGUACUCAGUGCAGUACGAAGUUCGACUGGGAAAGUGAAAGUGGUCAGCAGAGCUGGAUACUGUGGUGUCCAGGGUUGGGCAGCCCCUCUGUGGCGACCGCAAUCGCCUGCGACACCGCAAGCCGUUCAGCCUCGUAGCUGGCAAACUGCUACCUGCGCUGCUGCCACCUAUUCCACGUCGACUGAACCAGCGGUCACAAAACCGUACAGUAGUCCUGCAGCUGCUUGUGCGGAUUCGAGAAACAAGCCCUUGAUAAGGAGUCCCAUCGUCUCCACAACAAAUGACACAAGCUUCAUGAACACUCAAGGCGGCCCGUUCGUGCACGACCGUUCUCCAUCAGAGGAUGGACUUCAAAGCCAGACCAGCAGGCGUGCAAGUGAGGACAGAGCUGACGUCCCGCAAAAAAUUCUCGACAAUAUCCAAAAGGUACUCAGUGAGCAUCCAGAGGGUGUCUGGCUCAUGGACUUCAUGCACCACUUCGAGCACCUACAGCCCUCAGAGUAUGGCUUCAGCAGCAUCCUGGAUCUUCUGGAGAGCUACUCUUCCCUGUUUGUCGUCAACCGUCCCAUCCCGGACGGAGACUUCUUGGUUUCUCUCACUGCCAAAGCGACGGAAGCAUGCGUUCCCCACAGGGGAGAUGCGGGACCUUCUCUGCCCGCAUCGGUCGUGGCAACCCUCGGCAGACACCUGCAAUCUGCGGGUCCUCAGGGUGUGACUCUGAAUGACCUCCUCCGCCUCUACGAAGGAUCGUGCGGGAUGCCACUAUCCCUCUCUGAACAUGGCUUCACCCGGUUUGCCUUUGUGCUCUACCUGACGGCGCACCUGCCACUUAUCUUUGAAAGAAGCGACAACAGAGAAUUCAUGCUGCAAUGGACGGGCCCCAUCGAAGAACCGCCCAAGAAGCCCGCGGAGCCUGCCUGUGCUGCCAGCUCGGUCCACCACGGCGGUCACAACGGCGCCCCCUGCGGGGGGCCCUUCAACGCUCCCAGCAUUCCCCCGGGGUUCGCCCCCAUGGUUGCCCCUCCUCGACCCCCCGUGGCUGCGCAGGAAGUGCUGCUGCCAACUAGCCCCUUCGUGGUGCAAGACGGGCUGUCCGAAUACGAUUACAACCCCGUGUACGUGUCCCAGGUGUACCAUCCACACCACUUGUACAUCCAGCUCAAGGGCACGGAAACCACGCUCAAGCUGGAGGCCCUCAUGGACGAGUUGGAGAAGGUGUACGACGGCCACUACUCGGACAGGUAUGGCGUCGAAGACAAACAGAUCCACCGGGGCUCUCCGUGCGCCGCUCCUUACGUGUACAAGGACGGGACCAGGGACUGGCACCGAGCUCAGGUUACAUCCCUGUGCCCGGAUGGACUAUCCUGUCAGGUCCUGUAUGUGGAUUACGGAACAGUGGGCACGGUGCAGAAGAGUGACCUCCGCAAGUUGAGGAAUGACUUUUUCAACCUCCCUGCGCAAGCGAUCCAUGCCAAGCUGUCUCACAUCAAGCCAGCGUCAAGUUCUGGCUGGACAGAGGCAGCAACAAAGCGCUUACUGCAGCUGACAAAUGACGACCGCACGCUCAUGUGCAAGAUAAUGGAGAAAGAGGGCAGCACUUACCCAAUAUUUCUGUGCGACACGACGACCGUUCCGGAGAGGCACAUCUCCGAUAUCCUGGUCGAUGAGGGACACGCACUGGCCCUGUACCAGGAGAACGAGUCGCCGGAAGAGGCGGUUGCCACGGGCAGUCCUGCACUCCAGAAAAGUUCCGAGCUUCCGCAGAGAGCUGCUGCUGAGCCGCUCAGCCUCGAUGUGGGAGAGGACUUCAUGAGUGUGCUGCGCCGAGAACUAGACGAGCCAUUGAGACCAAAGGCCGUGAAACCGGAAUACCUCCGGACAGGCUACUGUAUCAAGGUGGUCAACAUCGAGCGGCAGCCAUACCUGUCGUCUGCCAAUGUGUCUGAACUGCUUGGCUUGCCAUCUGACAGGGUUCUUCAGUUGCUGGAAGCGAAGGAGAUUCGCUUCCCGACGCUGACCUUGGAUAAGAAGGAGCACCUGCACCUGUUCAACCAGAUGGCAAGCUACGACGUUCCGGGUGUGAAGCAGCGGGAACUCCUUGUCCCAAAAUUGACUCUCUUUCCUCUGCGCAGCGUGAAUGAUCUCCUGAACCUGUUUGACUGCCAGGUGAAGAAACUGAGACAGGAAGUGACUGCAAUUGUCAGCUCGUUCGACCCCCUGUCUCCCUACUGGCAGAAUUUGUCGGACGACAGCGAUACGGAGGACACUGCAGCUUUGGAGCAGCAACUCAUGGCGCUCAACACUAGGAAAAUAGAAAUCUGCAGCGCAAUGAUGAGGGGCGAUAUUGCAACGGAGAAAGUUGAUGAGCUGAGGAACGUUGAGGAGGAGAUGGACAAACUUGAAACGUUGCUCGCCUGCAGAGAUCAACGGAUUCCUCCAGAAGGGUCUUGAACUGGCUUCAGACCUGUAGCCUGCAGCACCAGCACUUGCUGAAAUGCUGAGAUUUUUUUUAGCAGAUCUGGAAUGCCACUAGACCUAUACUGUGAUAACAAAGCUACGUUCAGAUGUGGCACGGUUUUUCGUUCAUCCCGCGUUUGCGAGUGCGUCAUCGAUGCAUCUUAUUUAAAUAGCACAAUGUAUGUAUACUCAAGUCAUCCAUAGGAACCCUGUGUUGUGGUAAUGGUGGACAUUCUCUCAAGCGGUUUUGGGGCAGAAAAUUGCGCUUGUGUUGUGGUGCCAAUGACAUCUUGUAUAUACGCUGAAUACAUAGCAUAGUCCACUUUUUGUCGGUGCCUGCAGUGUACAGGACUACAGACUGUUUUGGUGCUGUGAGAAUCUCAUGGAGAAAAAAAAAAUAAAUUCACCGUAAAAUAGUGAA